GCCAAUCCACUUAUAAAUCAUUCCAAAUCGAUUUGGUUUAAAUCGGUUGAGGUUGGACGGAUUGUUCGAGUUGUCAGAAAACCCUGUUCACGUGCAUCCUGGAGGUUUGCUGUGUCCUGCUGCGGGAGGACUGACGGAGUUACGUUUUGGAGAAUCUAGCUGAACUCCGUGGAGCAAGUCUACGCGAAGCCUCCUAGUGUGCAUUUUCCAUGCUAGAAGCUCCGACAGAGAGGGGGAAAGGAUAGAGGAGGAGGAAGUGAGUCUCAAAGAUGAUGUCCCCAAAGCAGGUUUCGCAAGAUCGAGGAUCUGCGAACCCGGCUUCUUUCAGGGAUACUUCCUUGCAGAUAAUCCAUAUUCUUGGAAACUUCAUGAGAAUAUGGUCGGUGUACUCCAUGUACCACUAUUUGUCCCAAACAGGGGCUUCCGUUGUGCUUUUCAUCUUUAGUUGUCUUAUUCCAUCAUCUAUCCUAUUUUUAGCUUUGCAAAAACCUUGGAAGGGCAGAUCACUCUCCAAUGCACAGGUAGUGCCUUCUGUAAUUAAUGGUGGCAUAACAGCUUUGUACUUCGUCUUGUGGGGAAAGGGCCUCAAGUCAUGUGGCCCUGUUAGGGCUUUAAUGGCAGAGUAUUCUGGUGCUGUUCUUGGAGUAUUAUCUGCAGUUUUGUAUGGGCGACAGGGUCAUGCUUGGAAAAAGGUUGGUGGGCUCAUUGCAAUGUUGGCAUCCUUCUACUUCCUAUCUCAAGGGUGGGCCGUGGCCACAUAUUCCCCAUUUACAUUUAAAGAUAACCUUGAUGCCGAGGUUCAGACACAACCAGUGUUGGGAAUGAAAAAAAUGGUAGUUCCCAUCCUUGCUGGAAUCCUAUCAGCAUUGAGGAGGGUGAUCGCACGCCGUGUUUCACUCAAGAGUCAACUUAAAAGGCGGCUCCAUGCCGUAACUGUUGCUUCUGCAACGUGCUUUCUGUUUCCUGUGGCCAUGUGGGACAUAAUUAUAGGAUCCAGUUCUCAUGGCAGCAUACAGUUGCCAUUUUCUACUUGGCCUUAUUUGAGCACCAUUUUCUUUGGAGUAAUCUUGAUAUUCUAUUUUGACAGCUUAGCUGAGGAGAGGUUGCAUAUGGUCUUUUCUUCUCCAAGGCAUUUAAUGAUGGCUGGAGGAUGCAUCAUUGUCAUGGAGAUUGCCUACAAAAUGGACUUCUCUCUAACAGGCUUUGUAAUUUGCUCCACAAUUUUAGGCUUUGGGAUAUUUGAGGCAACUUCUUUGGAGCAUAGCAGGAAAGAUUCUUUUCAGAAUUCAAAUCUAUCCAAUGGGAUUCUAGGCAAUGAACUGCAGAUGGAAUCACUUCCGACUUGAAGUAUGUUAUCAAAUUUUUGCUGAUUCAUUUUUACUACCUUGGUCAUUUUUUGAUCCUCAAAUGUAUAUAUGUAUGUGGUUGUCAAGCCCCUCCAAGUUAUGUUGCAAAGGUCUAUGGAGGGCUUGACAUUAAUGAUGUGCAUUCAAUUGAUAUUUCUUAGGAAAUUUUGAUGAUACACCUGUGUAGAUGGUGUUUAGUUUUAGUCGAGGCAUGCUUUAAUGUGUUUAAAUUUGACUAGUUUGAUAAAUGAGCUUCAAAAUCAA